GAAGCCAAAGGCCUAUAAAUUGCACCCAAACAACAACACUCAGAAAAUAGUCAUACAGUCACAGCCUAUCAAAGAGAGAAAGAAAAACAGAAGAAAAGAAGCAAAUGGAGAAGUUUCCAGUAGUUGACAUGAAGAAUCUUAACACUGAAGAGAAAGCAUCAACCAUGGAGAUCAUAAAAGAUGCUUGUGAAAAUUGGGGUUUCUUUGAGUUGGUGAACCAUGGGAUAUCCAUAGAGUUGAUGGACACAGUUGAGAAGCUGACAAAAGAAAACUACAAGAAGCUUAUGGAGCAAAGGUUCAAAGAAAUGGUAGCAAGCAAAGGUCUAGAGUUUCCUCAGUCUGAAAUCAAUGACUUGGAUUGGGAGAGCACUUUCUUUUUGCGCCACCUUCCUAACUCUAACAUAUCAGAGAUCCCUGAUCUUGAUGAUCAUUAUAGGAAUGUAAUGAAGGAGUUUGCAAUGGAAUUGGAGAAACUAGCUGAGCUACUUCUUGACUUGUUGUGUGAGAAUCUUGGGCUAGAGAAAGGGUAUCUAAAGAAGGUGUUUCAUGGGUCCAAGGGACCAAAUUUUGGAACCAAAGUGAGCAACUAUCCUCCUUGUCCUAAGCCAGAGCUUAUCAAAGGACUCAGAGCCCACACAGAUGCUGGUGGCAUAAUUUUACUGUUCCAAGAUGACAAGGUUGGUGGACUUCAGCUCCUUAAAGAUGGCCAAUGGAUUGAUGUCCCACCAAUGCACCAUUCUAUUGUCAUCAACCUUGGUGACCAACUUGAGGUGAUUAGCAAUGGGAAAUACAAGAGUGUGAUGCACCGUGUAAUUGCUCAAACAGAUGGUAACAGAAUGUCCAUAGCCUCAUUUUACAAUCCAGGCAAUGAUGCGGUUAUCUUUCCAGCACCAACUUUGGUGAAGGAAUUAGAUGAGACAAGCCAAGUCUAUCCAAAAUUUGUCUUUGAUGAUUACAUGAAACUCUAUGCUGAUCUCAAAUUCCAAGCCAAAGAGCCAAGAUUUGAAGCUAUGAAGGCCAUGGAAUCCAACAUUCCCACAACAACUACCUAAAAUGUGAUGACAACAUUCUAUAUAUUAAUUCUGUAUGUUUAUUUAUGUACUAAAGUUACUAAAUGCUGUUGGUCUCUUUGAUUUGGUACAAAUGCACCUAUGUGCAUGUGUAGCAUAAAUAUAUAAUAUAUAUAGUUGGAAAAUAAAAUAUUAGCUUGAUCUGAUAGUUUGUG